AUGGCUCAGAACUGCAUAUCGCUGGCUACUUCACGAGAGUGUCCUUCAUUCAACGCCUCGUCUAUCUCGACGAGCAGUGCGCUUGUCGGGUUGUUUCCUUUCUUGUCCUCCGUGACAGAUACAGCUUCGUUUGACUCAGGACUCCAAUCAUACAUUACCGGAGGUUUUACACAGCUACGAUAUCAAACACUAAUAGGGUGCUCGAAUAUCGACCUUGAUAACACAACAGCAUUCUACGCUCGCUACACAACAAGCGUCCUCUGCAACGCCAUAGUGCAGAACUCGAUCACGCCUUGUGGCCUGACUGGUAAUGCCACUCGGCCACUGUGCGCAGACAGUUGUGCUACAUACGCGCAAAGCGAAGAGCAGAUUACUAGCAGUAAUGUCUGCGGCACGGCUAGCAGUUACGCGCUCUCACAGAUCCGCGCAGACUUCACCAACUGUGCGCUACCCGCGGAUUCCUUGUCUGGCCUUUGCAUUGAGGGUGUACAAAAUGAGCCGGACAACUGCGGCUUUUCCACCAAUCUCGGUGGUCUUUGUUCCUAUUGCGCAGCAAGCUCGCCAAACUCCACAGACUCGUGUUGCGUCUUCUCGAAUACCACAUCACGGUGUGCUGGCGUUACCUUACCAGUUGUGGCGUCGUCCUUACUACAACCGGUCACGAUGACGAUGACAGCGACAGCAAGUGGUACCUCCUCCGCAACUGGGGGCGCCGGAGGCGCUGGAGCUGGUGCUACCACCAAUCGUGGCCUCACUGGAGGCCAAAUUGCGGGUAUAGUAAUUGGCUCAGUGCUCGGUGCGCUAUUGCUCUUGGCCUUGCUUAUCGUCGGCUGUCUGCUGCUUAGGAGGCGCAGAGAUCGUAGCCCACCGACAAGCGUAUUUCAUCAGCCGGCGACGACACGCUCACGACCCGAAAUGGCCAUGAAUGACGGCGCGCGCGACCAGGAGCGCGCCGGUCUCGCGGUGCUUCCGGGCGGCAGAGUCGCACGCAUGUCCGCGUUGGAAGGGUCUGAGAGCUCGGAGAAUAAUGGCACCAGAUAUGCACCACUGGGCUAUGGUGGCUACAGAAAGUCGACGUCAGACGAAGAAGAUACGCCCCAGUCGCGAGACCCCGGGCUCCUCGGGCUUGCGCCGCCACCAAAGCGAAGUGCGUCGCUGUCGAGCGGUUCGCAGCUUGCUGGUGGUGGGCCAGAAGACACCUCACCGAGUACCAACAACGACUACACGUCGCCUGAGUCGCAAGGCCAAAGCGAGCAGCUGCAGUUCUUCAAGGACUACUACUCGCAAGAUGAAAUACACCCCUCCGACCUCGUGGCUACACUAUGGGCCUACGAACCACGAGCCGCCGAUGAGUUCAGUCUCGAGCGCGGCGACAUGAUCAAAGUCCUCGGGAUCUGGGAUGAUGGGUGGGCAACCGGUGUACGUGUCAGACAGAAAGCUGAGGACUGGCGGCCGGAAGGCAAAUUGCAGCGAGACAGCGGCAUGAGCAACGGCAGCUCGAGACCGUCGGAGUCGCCGCCAGAGGGCGAGGUCAAGGCCUUCCCGCUUGUUUGUGUCUGUCUGCCUCAGCACUGGCGCAAAACAAUCGAAGGCGACUCGACUGAAGGCUCGGCCCCUGCGUAUCCUGCUGAGCUUCCUUGA